AUGGCUCCUGUCACGAUCCAUUGCGUGCGUCAUGCUCAAGGCUACCACAAUCUCAGCGUUAUGAACCAUGCCAUGCAUGACCCCAUGCUUACACAACUCGGCGAGGAACAAUGCAAAGCUCUUGCAGCGAACUUCCCCUUCAUGGACAGGGUCGAUGCUGUUGUGGCUUCUCCAAUGAAACGCACUGUAUAUACUGCUCUCCACUCGUUCGCUCCGGUCAUCAAGGACAAACGUCUCAAGGUUCUCGCCCUCCCGGAACUCCAAGAGACAUCGGACCUGCCUUGCGAUACUGGGAGUAAUGUUCAAGAUCUCGAGUCAGAGUUCAAAGGUCAACCCGUCGACCUGAGCUACAUGUACACUCCUCCGGCCAAAGCUUGGAACACCAAACUCGGCAAAUGGUCUGCAACUGCUUCAGCUGUCGAUGAUCGUGCAAGGAUAGCCAGAGAAUGGUUAUACAACCGUCCAGAGAAGGAGAUUGUCGUUGUCACCCAUGGUGGCUUUUUGCAUUACUUCACCGAGGACUGGAUGGACAAGAAUAAGGGUAACACUCUCCCUCGUCGUCACCGUCAUCGCCGGCGGUCUGACGCUCCCCCUUCUCCUGUCAUUGUCAACCUGGAACGUGUUCGAUCUAAAUCCGAGAGUGGACCUAACCCUCCAUCGUCACGUACUGGCUGGGCCAAUACGGAAUAUCGUUCGUACACUUUUGGCCACAAUCCUAAGAGCGGUAGACCCGUACUCGUCGAGACACAACAGAGCCGUGCAAGGCGUACGGGAAACGAGAACCCCCUCAGCAGAUCAGAGCAGGCAAACUUACAACGCGUCGAGUCAGGACAGAAGGCCGAAGAAGAAAAGGCAUAUCAGAAAGCCAGCGGCAUUCAAGCAAAGCUGCAGCUGAAACGAAAGGAGCGCGACCUUGGUGGCUACGGCUAUGGUGUCUGA